AUGAAAAAACUUGCUGGUUUCUUCAAGGGUAACAAAAAUUCAACAUCCACCACUGACGACGAUGAAAAGAUUAAAAUUAGGAAAAAGUUAUUGGAAAAGGCUAUUUGUGAUUGGAGUGCUAAAGAUGUGUCUCUGUGGUUAAAAUCAAUUGAUUUGCAAGACUAUUGCAAGGAAUUUGAAAAAAUGGAUAUUACAGGUGCAGAAUUAUUAGAAUUAACUGAUGAUGAUUUAGUCAAAGACUUGAAAAUAUCCAAAUUAGGUCAUCGUAAAAGAUUGAAAAAACAAUUAGACUACCUAGUUCAACACAAUGAAUUUCUCACAGAGGAAGAUGAUCCACCCUCCUCUACCAGCAAUACAACAAUGGAAAAUCAAUCAAGUUAUCAAGGAACAAUAAUGCAAGGAAAACCAUCACUGGAAACUAGGUCAAUGACUUCCUAUCAAUCAACAAUGAAUGAUAAUGAUAGUGUUCAUAGUUUUAAUUCGAAUAGUAAUAUUCCUACUAGUGAUAUAAUGAUUAAAUGUUAUGAUUCUCUUGAAAAUCAAUCAGAUGCAACAAUUUUAAGAUUCUCUCCUGAGGAUGAGUUAACUUUACAAAAAGUUAAAAUGGAAGUUUUAUCUAGAAAACCAAUUCUUUCCUCUACCAAUCAAAUUCAAUUGAAAUAUAAGGAUGAAGAUGAUGAUAUUAUUACAUUGAAGAAGGAAGAUGAUUUUAAACUUUGUUUGGCAAAUUACAGAAAUUCAGGACAACGUUAUCUGAAACUUUACAUUUCUUCAAAUAUUUCUUUACCAACAAACAAAUCACCACCAACAAUCUCUUCAAGUUUAAGAGAUUCUAAUGAGGAAAGUAGUGAACUUAUUCAAAUUCUUGAAGGAAUGGUUGAUGCAAUUGUUGUCAUGACUGCCAAUGAUAAACUUAUAAAAUAUGUUAAAAAGUGUAAGAUUGUUUCAUGGGCAAAGAAAUGUGCCAAGUAUAAGAAGGUUAAAUACUGUAAGGAGAGAAAAUCAGUCAAGAAAUGUUGUCUCAUUAAGAAGAAAUUCUUCUGUGCCAAGCAUAAGACAAUCAAGUUCUGUAAGCACAAGAAGACUCUUUCUAAAUGUGUUAAAUAUAAUAAGAAGAAGUAUUGUGCCAAGUCAAUUGUCAUUCCCCCAAGAUGUAUCAAGAAGAAGUAUUAUAAGAAGUGUUUGAAACGUUCAAAGGGAAAGAAGAUUUGUAAGAAAUUCAAAUUAGUUGGUGGAAAGAAGAAGUGUUGCAAGUCAAUUAAGAAGAAGAUUUGUAUCAAGAGAAAGACAUGCAAGAAGCCAUCAAAGCCAAUCAUCAAACCAUCCUUGUAA